UCCACCCCUCUAUGUGCAGAGCGGUUUCAUUGUAUUUGCCCUACCUCACUUGAAAAAUAGCGCGAAUGGGCGUCAUAAAAAUUUCUCAAUGACAAAAAAUAUUCUUUCGUCAGAGUCGGCUACGCUGCUUUUCUCCAUAUAAAACCGAGCCAUUGGCCAAUUCGGCCUCUAAGAACCAAGAGCGAGCGGGAGCUCUUUCUCUACUGCUCGGAAAUAACACAGGCAGUGAUACUGCUCGGAAAUAACACAGGCAGUGAUCUCUCUCCCUCCCUCCCUCUACCUUCAUUAUACAUCCACGCUUCCUUGCUGCCGACUCUUUAAGUACAAGCUUUAGCUUGAAGGCGCUCAGUCAUGGCCGCUUCCCGCUAUCAACCUGUCAAAUCCCUCAACACAGGCCCCAGUUCAAAGCGCUUUGUGUUUAAGAAAUUAUCCGAGCGCAUUGAAGAAAUCGAAAUAGAUGUUUUUCACAGUCUCGAUCCUCUGAAGGCCGAGCCAUCACAAGCCUCAUCGUUCUUUUGUGAAAGCCUUCUUUAUUGGAGGGAAUUAAACACUGCUGAGGACUUCAUUACAUUUUACGAGGAAAUGCUGCCAUUGGUACAAACACUGCCCCAAAUUUUAUUGCAAAAAGAGGUUAUUGUCUCAAAACUUAUUUGCAGAUUACACUUGCAAGCAAGAUUAUCCAUUGAACCUAUCCUCAGGUUGAUUGCGGUUUUGGCCAGAGAUCUUCAAGUGGAAUUUGUGCCCUUUCUGCAAAGGAUCAUCGAGUCAUAUUUAAGACUCCUGCAAGUUGGCGGUGAUAGAGAACCUGAAGUUAUUGAACAGGUUUUUACAUCUCUGUCAUAUAUUGUGAUGCAUUUGCAAAAACAUCUUGGUCAGGACAUUCUUCAAUUCCUCAAGAUGACAGUGCUCUUGAGAUACUAUCCAAAGGAUUAUGUCCAGGAAUUCAUGGCGGAGGUUGUGUCGUUCCUAUUGAGGAAUGCACCCAUCAAGCAAGUCAUAAAAGGUAUAAGAAUUCUUGUAUCCGAAGUUACAAGAAGUACAUCCUCAGAGAGAAAAAUUGCUGUCAGUGCACUAUUAUUGCAUAUUUUGAAAGGGCCAUCAUCCAGGCUUCAUUCAAGAGCCAAAAAAGUCAUUCACUUAUUAGUCGGUGAUUCCAUUCAUCACUUUGCUUACAAAAGGAGCCAAGGAUCAGGCAUUCUUCUUGAGGUUGUCACACAAGCUUUUCAGAGGUUACACGAGGAGCUUGAGGCUAAAGAAUUGGACCUAUUAUGGAACUGCUUACUUGAGGAAUUAUCCAACUGCAUCAAUAAUAUUAAUGUGGUGUUGGCUGAUUUGGGCACUGAAAAGAGUGUAAACAUGGAAAAUGGACUGUUAGAGGACAAUGUGAACUUGUUUUCUUCUGAUUCGGCCCAAGCAGUUGGGCAUGAUAUUGAGGAGUGCUUGUCACACCUCAAUUAUUUGUUGUGCCUUAUUACAUUCACAGUUCGGUUGAAAAAUGAGACUAAAUUCCCUGACUAUGAUCCACUACUUAAUCUUACAAGACUACUCACUGUCACUCUUCCUGAACGUGAUUGUAAAAAUGAAGCUGUCAACAAUGUUUUGCAUUUGAUGCUCAGUCUCCUUGAUGUUCCAUGUGUUAUCCACGAUCCACAGACCAUCUUACAAAUCUCAGAGCAGUUGGCGUGCUUGUUUCAGAUUAGAAGUUCAUGCUUGCUGUCCUUUCUCAGAGAAAUAAUUCUAAAGGAUGCAUCUAUUCUCGUUGCCCUUAGAAAUCAUAUAAUGAGGGGCAUGAAUGAGUUGAUUGAAGACUCACCAGGAGAAGUCUUACAUUUGAUGUUGACAUUCUCUGAGAAAUCUCAAGGAAAACUGCACUUUUUUAACAUUUUUGAAGGGAAAAAAGGGGACAACAUGUCAAAUAUUCAUUUAUUCUUCCAGAGGACUAUCAAAUCUCAUGUUCAUGUGAUAAACAAUUUUAAAUCUAGCAGCUGUUCUCAGUUAAGUAAGAAAACUCACGAGUCUGACUUGGCUAUUCUUUGGGGAGUCCUGAGCUGCUAUCACCAUGUCUUUUCCUCUGAAGCAAAGCUCUCUUUAUUGAAGGAGCUUAUAGAUGCAAUCGAUCAACUUCUAAUUCUUGAAUAUGAUAGCAUUUCAGGCAAUACAUGGAUCACAUGGCAAAGUAUACUGGGUGCCGCAUUGUUCUCAUACCAGAAAUUGCUUUUGAGAAACAAUAUUGAUAUACACAAAGAAACAACUACUUUUUUGAGUCUUGCUAAACGCCACAAAUUAUCUUCACAUGUGUUAUCUGCUGUUGCCGAUUUUUUGAAUGCUGCUUUUGGAUCGGCAGAUGAAACAAAUCUUUGCCAGAAAGCUUCUCAUGCAGUGCCUGGGAUUGAGAAUACUCUUGAAGCACUUCGCUUAUUUGCGGGUAAUUUGGGUCACUGUGACAAGAGGAUCAGACUUUCAACUUUACAAAUACUGUGCCACUAUGCACCUCUUGAGUGUUUAGCAUGUGCAAUUGAUGGGCAUGCUCAAAAGAAAAGGAAAACGGAAGGCGGGCAGACUAUCCAUGAGGAUCCUCAACAUUGUAAUGUUACUCAACUUCUUCAUUUGAUUGAGACAACAUCACUCUCAGUUUCAACUAGCAGGAAAGUGGUUCUUCUAAUCUCUAAAAUACAAAUGGAAAUCUCUGCGGCUCGGGUGCCUGAGCCUUACCUAACCCUUCUAUUGCAUGGUAUCAUUGGGAUUUUUCAUAAUCAGUUUGCCCAUUUGUGGGAUCCUGCAAUUGAGUGUCUUAUGGUCUUAGUAAAGAGGCAUACAAAGCUAGUUUGGGAUGGCUUUGUUCAUUAUCUCAAGACCAACCAAUCUGAAUUACUUGCAUUGCACCAUGAUGCUGAGGAAAAUGAUGUUGAUUCUUCCACCACCAAGUCAACCGAUCUGGAUGAUCAGUUCCACUUAUUUGUAAGGCAGGGUUCUGGCAGUACGCCCUCUGGUACUGUGUUGACCCUAUUGCUGCGGUCAAUCCGGAUGGUUCCUGUGAUUCCUGAAUCUUGGUCUCUAGAUAUUAUACCUUUGUUCUUCAAAUUUUUAGGCUAUGCAACUGGGGACAACAUGAGCAUUGAGGCUUACAAUAGGAAUAUCUGUCGAGGCAAGGAAUGGAGGGGGGUUCUAAAAGAAUGGUUGAACUUGUUGAAAUUGAUACGUAACCCAGGAUCUUUAUCUGACAAUAAAAUUCUCAAGGAAGUUUUGAUAAAUAGGCUUCUUGAUGAUAAUGAUCCUGAUAUACAGAUGAAGGUGGUUGAUUGCUUAUUGAAUUGGAAAGAUGAAUUUUUGCUUCCAUAUGGUCUACAUCUGAAAAAUCUCAUCGAUCCUAAGAGUACACGCGAGGAGCUUACAACAUGGAGUCUUUCUAAAGAAUCUGAUCAUAUUCAUGAACAACACAGAAACAAUUUAAUCCCAUUAAUUAUCCGGAUUUUAGUUCCGAAGGUCCGAAAGCUCAAGAUAGUGAAGUCUCGGAAGUCUACAGGUGCUCUACAUCGUAGGGCGUUACUUUGUUUCUUGGCCCAGCUUGAGGUUAAUGAGUUACCACUCUUUUUCUUCUCACUGUUGAAGCCAAUCCAUGAUGUCUGUACCAAAAGUGAAGGGUUUGACCAUCAGUUAUUGUGUUCAUGGGAAAAGUCUUUACGGGAAUUUCAACCGGUGAGAAUUGGACAUCUCACCGCAGGGUGCAUGGGCGAUCUGCCAUUGAAGAAGAUAUCUGGUUUCGUACAUGUAGUUGAGGAUAUUUUGAGAACUUUUGAUGAACUACAUAUCAAGCCUUUCCUAGGAAUGCUGAUGAUGUAUGUUGUUCAUAUGAUGGAAAGUUGCACACAAAACUUGAAUUAUGUAAAGAGUGAUCAAUAUUCCAUCGUUGGAAAUGACAGUGAUCGUGUCCAAGAUUUUGAACUUAGAAAGGAAUCGGAAACUGUUACAUCUCCUAGAUUGGAUUCCAACAUGCAGGAUAGGGAAGUUAUCCAUGAGGCUCCAAUUUUGGACACUGACAUGGCAAAGGGUGUGGGCAUAAAGCAAUCUAAGGAUCUGAGAUCUUUAUGUUUGAAGGUUAUUUCUUUUGUUAUUGACAAGUAUGGGUCUCAUGGUCUCACUUCUGAUUUCUGGGACAUCUUUUUUGUUUCGGUGAAACCGUUGGUUGACAGUUUUAAACAGGAAGGCCCUAGUAGUGAAAAACCAAGUUCAUUGUUCUCGUGUUUUCUUGCAAUGAGCAAAACGCCGGAACUUGUUCAUCUCUUUCAGAGGGAGGACAAACUGGUCCCAAGUGUCUUUUCAGUUCUGUCUAUAAGGAGUGCAUCAAACGCUAUGAUAUCUGCUGUUCUGAGUUUUGUUGAGAACCUCUUGCUUUUGUUUGAUGAAGAUAGUGGAAGUGGACAUCAUGAAUUGGAAAUGAGCCUAUUGCCUCACCUUAACACACUCUUCUAUAACCUGCGUGAGUUGAUUCAGCACCAUAAGGGGAGUCAAAGGAGUUCAAUCACUGGCCCUGGAAAGAUGGAGCUGCGAAUUUUUAAACUUCUAGCAAAGCAUGUAAAGGAUCCUUUGUUAGCAGAACAAUUUGUUGGUACUUUGAUACCAUUUUUAGGAAAGAAAGCACUGAAAUCCGAUGAUUGUCUCGAAAUUUUGCGCAUCAUCCAAGAGAUAUUGCCAUGUUUAUGUAGCAGAACGACAGACAAAAUUCUUAAUGCAGCAUAUCUUCUUCUUUCUUCUGCUGGAUUGGAGAUAAGGCUUUUGAUUUGCAAUAUUCUUCGUGAUUUAUCUGCAAUUGAUCCUUCGAUUACCUCUCUGGCUGAACUUCUUCAGGGAUUGAAUGCUGUUUCUGCAACAGAAAUAGAUGAGUUUGAUUAUGACACUAGGAUCAGUUGCUAUGAGAAAAUUGAAUGGUCUCCAGGAGUGAAAGAAUCUCAUGCCGUGGUGGUAUUGUCACAUUGUGUCUAUGAUAUGUCCUCUGAAGAACUACUUCUAAGACAAAGUGCAUCAAGGUCCCUGCUUUCUUUUGUCCAAUUUGCUGCUUCAGUUUUAGAUCAUAAAGCCGAAGAAAAUAAAGAUUCUUUAUUGCAUGACCAAGUUGGUGAGGAAUCUGUGCCAGGAUCUCUGGCAAAACUAAAAGCUCAAGGUAGCUGCACCCGAGAGCGCAUGCCUCACAUAAUAAAAAAAAAAUUGCUACUUCAUAUCAAGGAGGCCAUGAACAAGGAAAUCAUUCACAAGGAAUGGGUUUCUUUACUGCGUGAAAUGGUGUUGAACCUCCAUGGAAUACCAACACUACAAGCAUUUCGGCCUUUGUGUAGCAAAGAUUUAGAGGUUGAUUUUUUUAACAAUAUCCUUCACUUACAGAAACACAGAAGAGCAAGGGCUUUGUUGCGUUUCCAAGACGUCAUUUGUGCUGGGAAUUUCUCUGAGGAGCUUGCGUGGAAGAUAUUUGUUCCUCUUUUCUUCCAUAUGCUGUUUGAAAUAAAAGAAGGUGCAGACGAACACGUCCGGAGAGCUUGCCUGGAGACACUUGCUUCAGUUUCUGGUCAUUUGCAAUGGGAUUUAUACUUUAAGUUUUUGAUGAGAUGCUUCAGAAACAUGGUAGCAAAACCAGAGAGACAGAAGGUCCUGCUACGGCUUAUUUGCUCAAUUCUUGACAAGUUCCAUUUUUAUGGAAAUUCAUCAAAUAAAGAUUUAGCAAACAUUGGUAUGGAAUCUGAUGUCUCAAAUCAAGUUGUCAUUGAAGGGGAAUCAAGCGAUGCAAUGAUCGAGCAAGGAAUCUCUUCAUCUAGGGUUCCAACCAUGAUACAAAAUUGUCUGCAUUUGUCUGUGCUUCCAGAGCUGAAUAAGUUUAUGAACUCUGAUAUGGUCAAUGCAUCCAUUAACCUUGCAGCAUUGAAAUUACUCAAGUUUCUUCCUGACGAGGUAAUGAAAUCCCAGCUUCAGAGCAUCAUUCAGCGUAUUGCUAAUUUCCUUAAACAUCGUUUGGAAAGCGUGCGAGAUGAAGCAAGGUCUGUUUUGGCUUCUUGUGCCAAAGAGCUGGGUCCAGAAUAUUUGCAAUUUAUCAUUAAAAUCUUGCAAUCAACCUUAAAAAGAGGAUAUGAACUUCAUGUUUUGGGUUAUUCAGUCAAUUUCAUAUUAUCGAAGAUUUUUCCAUUGCUUCCAGUUGGAGGAUUGGAUAACUGUCUGGAAAUGCUUCUUUCAGUGGCACUGAAUGAUAUCCUCGGGGAAGUUGCUGAGGAGAAAGAGGUUGAUAAAAUUGCCCAUAAAAUGAAAGAAACAAGGAAGAAGAAAUCUUUUGAUACAUUGAAGUUAGUUGCCCAAAUCAUCACAUUCAAAACCCAUGUGUCAAAGCUUUUGGCCCCCAUUAAAUCACAUCUAAUCAAGCAUCUCAAUGCAAAGAUGAAGAUUAGACUUGAAUCCAUGCUCCAUCACAUAGCUUUAGGUCUGGAAGCUAAUCCUUUCGUCGACCAGACAGAUCUUUUUGUGUUUGUUUAUGGACUGGUCGAAGAUGGUUUUGCAACUGGAAAAUCGCAAGCGCAAAAGGUUUCCGAGCUUGAGUUUGAUCAAAGUCUUUCAGGAAAUCUGCUUGGCCAAGAAUACCAAAGUUAUAACCUGCUAACCGUAUUUGCACUAGGAAUACUACUUAAGCGCAUGAAGCUAAUGAAGUUGGAUAAGAAUGACCAGCAUCUGUUAUCAGUAAUGGACCCAUUCAUAAAACUGUUACAGAAUUGCUUGAGUUCCAAUUUUGAAGAUGUCCUAUCCGCUGCUCUGAGAUGCCUUUCAUUGUUGUUGAGGCUUCCUUUGCCUUCUCUUAACUUCCUGGAAGAUAGACUCACGUCUUUAGUUUUGGAUAUAGCUCAAAAAUCAGGAAAGAUUGAUAGCCCGUUAAUGCAGUCUUCGCUAAAAUUGCUGACUGUGCUUCUGAGGAACACACAUAUUCAUCUUUCCAGUGCUGAACUGCACAUGCUAAUCCAGUUUCCAGUCUUCGUGGAUAUUGAGAAUAAGCCAUCUGGGAUGGCCCUCUCUCUUUUAAAGGCAAUAGUUGGAAGGAAAUUAGUUGUCCCAGAGGUUUACGAUCUAAUGAUUCGAGUUUCUGAGUUGAUGGUAACAAGUCAAGUGCCAGAAAUUCAGCAAAAGUGCAGUCAAGUUAUGCUGCAAUUCUUUAUGGACUAUCCUAUUGGCUCCAAGCGCUUACAACAACAUUUGGAUUUUUUGGUAUCAAAUUUGAGCUAUGAGCAUGCAAGUGGAAGAGAAGCUGUCCUUGAAAUGCUGCAUACAAUCAUAAUGAAGUUCCCGCAGGAUAUAGUCGAUAAACAGUCGGAGAUGUUUUUCUUCCAUCUAGUCCUUCGUUUAGUGAAUGACUCUGACAAGCAAAUACGUACCAUGGUUGGAACGGUGAUAAAAGUCCUGAUUGGCCGUACUAGUCAGCGAGUUCUGCAACAUAUUUUGAAGUCUACCCUCUCAUGGUUCAUGGGAGAAAAGGAGAGUUUGUGGGGCCCCGCAGCUCAGGUCUUGGGAUUGCUGGUUGAAGUUCUGAAGAAAGGAUUCGAGAAGUAUGCAACUAUUAGUGAGAUAUUACCUGUUGUAAAGGGGAUACUCACUUCUGCCCUUGACCAUGAUUCUGACAAAGAAAUAACGUGUGAAAAUGGAACAGAAAUUCUGUUUCACAAAGAGGCGUAUUAUUCACUUGUUAUGCUUGAAAAGCUGUUUGUCCAUUUCCCCGAAUUGCAAUUGCAGAAAGAUUUAGAGGAAAUCUGGGACACAAUCUCUUCAUUUCUCUUGCAUUCACAUAUGUGGCUUCGAAGCGUAUCCACUCGCCUUAUGGCUACAUACUUUACUGCAUCAAUGGAAGCAUGCCCGAAAGGGCUAGUCCAAGAAAAUGCCCAACUUUUAUUGCAGCCAACUAAGCUUUUCAGGUCAGCUGUUUCCUUUUGUCAACAACUUGAGGCUCAACUCACAGAUGACGAGUCGAAUAGCUUUAUAGCACAGAACAUUGUUUUCUCUAUAAGUCAGUUGCAUUCAUACAUUAAACAUCCAAAAGGAGAAGGGUUGAUGGAGUUGUGGGGCAACCUUCCACAAAGUAGUCAGCUUUUGGAGUCUAUGGAGUUGCUUGGUUCUCAGAAAGGGAUAGCCCUUUUUCACAGGCUUAGGGAUAAGGAUGGUGAACUGUGUGCCGAGGAGCUUCAGUCUUUACUGGUUGUGCCCCUGCUUAAGAGAAUUGGGAAGGUGGCGCUGCAAAUGCAGGAUAUUCAGAUGAAGCUCGUUUUCGGAUGCUUCAAAACAAUCUCAACCCAGAUUGACCGACAGGCUCUCGGGGAUUACGCAAUCCCUAUGUUGCUUCCAUUGUAUAAGGUGUGCGAGGGUUUCUCUGGCAAAGUCAUCAGUGAUGAAGUGAAGCAAUUGGCUGAGGAGGUACUGGAUAGCAUGAGAAAAACCUUGGGUGUGGAAAGUUUUGUGCAAGCGUACAAUGAGGUGAGGAAGAUUUUGAAGGCCAAGAGAGAUAAGAGGAAGCAGCAGGAGAAGCUUGUGGCUGUUACUGACCCCAUGCGCCAUGCCAAGCACAAGCGAAGACUUGCAGCCAAGCAUCAGGCACACAAGAAGAGGAAGCUCUUAACCAUGAAGAUGAGGAGGUGGUGAUCCCCCCCAACCUCUCUCUCUCUCUCUCUCUCACACAUUGAGAUGAGGAGAUGGUGAAUUUGUCUCCUUUUUGAUGAUGAGGAGAUCGAGUGUACAGUCGCUGGUUUUGAGGCUUUUUAGUGGUAUUUCUUUGUAACUUAUGAUUUUUCCCUAGGUUCGUGUAGGAGUAUAAUUUAUUAAGAAAAUUUUUUGUUUACUUCACCUGCUUUGGGGAUGAAGAUGAAGAAAUGAUGCCAUAAUGUUAUCAUCUGUGGCAAAAGGUGAGAGAGUGUACUUGCUGUGUGUAUGGGAGCUAGAGCUUCAAUGAGAGAAUUUGGGGAAAUUUUUUGGCUAUAUGCUUUGGGGAUGGAUUUGUAGGUGAAUGGUCCACCCCACAGAUUUUGUUUGAGAACGCUGAUUAUAGUACUGAACUAAGGUACACCUUAAAAAUCUUCAAGAAAAGAGUGGUCCAAUGAUGGAAAAUUUACCA